AUGGCUACUCUGGAAGAUAUGGAUGUUUGUGCUAAGGCCACGCUUAUACAAGCACGAGGUCCCCAGGCAGGAAGCAUUGAAACAGCUGGCUCACCCUUCCCAGGACAUGCUAUCGCGUUGUUCAAGAACACGACCGCACUAUAUCAAUACGCAGAUGCCUACUUUGAACACAAUCGCCAGCCUUAUGCGCUCCAGGUGGCAGGUCAACAACUGGUUGUCGUUUCCCAUCCAAGACACAAGACAGAUGUCUUCAAGAACACCGAAGCAUACAGCUUUGAUCCCUUCAUCAACAUAGUUUACACGCGCGUCGGCAAUGUAUCGGAAGACAGCUUGGUCACUCUCUGGCGCAAAGUGAGCGACGGCUUCGUCUCGCUGCAUCCCAAUCCGAGGCGCAACGUUCUCGUGAAGACCGGCCAAGAGCUCCUCCACAAGCAAGUUCAGAACCCAGAUUACUUCAAGCAGCUCGCAGCCUCCGUGAACAAGAACAUGGAAGAUAGAAUGAGAUGGAACACAUUUGCACCAGCAGCUGUCAUCAAUGAAAUGCCUCAAUCGUCGACCAAGGUUGUGAGUAUGCAUCGGUGGGUGCGCGAGGUGACGAUUGGCGCCCAGACGCGCAGCUUCUUUGGGCCACUCCUUGAAGAUAUACUCCCCAACUUCACGGAAAUCUACGACCUUUGGGAUAUCAACUCCUGGAUGGCCACAUACCAGUACCCGGACUUCAUGGCGAAAGCCGCCACGAGACCGCGCGAGCAGCUGGUCGAUGCGAUCAUGAAGUUUCUGGAUACGCCGAAGGAGAAGAGAACGGGCGGAGUUCCGUACGUCAGCGAGGUCGAGGAUGAGAUGAGACACGCAGGUCUCGACACUGAAGCGUGUGCUCGCGUCUUGAUGAUUAUCCUUUGGGGAAUUGUUUCUUCAGAACUUCCUCUAUAUCUUGAAAGUCAAUGGCUGCAAAGCGAAGCUGACCAUUCUAUUGCCAGAAUCAACUCAAACGUUCAGAUGACAACAUUUUGGAUGAUGGUUCACAUCGUCCACGACCCAGCGCUCAUGGCCGCAAUCCGAGCAGAGAUCGCGCCCACCAUGACAGCCGUUGACGAGAGCAAAGAAGAAGCGUCGGAGACUCUGCGAGCCGGCCUGGUCCAGGGAUCACCUCUUCUCAACUCAGUCUUCAACGAAAUUAUCCGCUUCUACAACACGGGCUCCUCUAUGCGCGAGACAACACGCGAAACAAACAUCAGCGGCAAGAGAAUCCCCGCGGGGACCAAGAUCGUGCUGCCCCAGCGCCAACUACUGCUAGACACUGGCGCGUUUGGCCAGAACGCCAACAUCGUAGACUGUUACCGCUUCUUCCGCAACAAGGAGCUGGAGCGCCACGAGUUCUACCGCCCCUUCGGGCAAGGCAUCACUCUCUGUAGCGGGAAGAAGAUUGGGCGGUUUGAAUCGCUGAGCUUCGUAGCCUGGGCGUUGUGGCGGUUCGACAUCAAGGAGGUGCGCGCGGGCCAGAGAGCUUCAGAUGGUACCGCAGGCUUGGUGGUGCCGAGGCUAGACUUGCAGAAACCCAGCUUGGGUAUCAGCAAGCAGGUUGAGGGCGAUGACAUGGUCUUGGAGGUUUCGAGCAGGCCGGACGUACAAAUUUCCAGAUGGGCCAAGUAG